GAUGGCAACCAUAGUAACAGCGAUGAUGGUGAGGAGUGAUUCUUUCUGCUGUUUGCACUUGGUGUGAAGUUUCUCUGUUCGGGGGUUAUGAUUAAAUUCCCUCUGUAUAACAGGCUGGUGAUUGUGGUCGGAAGCCGGACUCAGUGUCGAGGCAGCGGUUGCAGGUUCCCAUUCCCGAGCGCAGGGAGUCGUGCAGGAAGGCCGCCUUCAGCCGGGAGCUCCGCAAACUGUGGCUCCAAUAUGAAGGUUCAACAGCAACUUGCAAAAAUACGUCACAAUGUGAAGAGAUUCCAGAGCCAGCUUAUGGAUGUUAAGCCCACUCCAGAAUUUGUAGAAAAGUUGAAAGAAAUCAUGGAAGAGGUUGAAAAUGCAAUCAGUACCUUUAAAGAAGAACAAAGGCAGAUGUAUGAAGAACUUCUGAAGGAAGAAAAAACUACUACUCAGGAAAUUUCGGCUGUGGAAAAAAAAAUGGAAGUGUGGGCCCAGAUUCCAACAGAAGCAGUGAUAGUCAAGUCCAUUGUAGCAAAAGGAAUAUCCACUAACUCUGGUCCAGAGAAUGUGUUAGUUGAAAUUACGGAAUUUGAUAAGUUCCUUCAGCAGACUGGACGCCAAGGUGGUUGGGAUGAUUUUGAUCAUCAGGACUUUCUCAAAGUCUGGACAAAACAUAAAGGAAAAGCAUCAUUCAUUGAGGAAGCUCUGCAACAUUUGGUUGGGAGGACCCGUGAGGAUAUAAUGCAACAUGUGCAAUGGUAUCAAAAGUUUCUCUUCCUAGAAGAGAGGCAGAAGGAGGCUAUUCAGAAAUGGAAAACAAAGAAGCAACAUGAGAAAAUGAAGCUCCUGAGGAUGCAAGCAGAAGCGGAAGAGAAGACCGAUGCAGAACACCGAGCAAGAGAAAAAGCAAAACAGCUUAGGCUUGAGAAGGAGAGAAAAGAGCGAGAAGCUCAGUUGCAGUUGUGGAAGAAAGAGAAAGAACUGGAACUUGCUCUCGAGAAAGAACAACAAAUGAAAGAAGAGGCAGAGAAAAUGAAAAUACAAAGGAAGGAAAAUCAAAGACGGCUUGAAAUUAAAAGAAUGCUCAAAGAUUCUGCUGAACAAAAGAAGGAGAAAGAAGAGUUUCUACGACUGGAAGCACAAAUGAGAGAGGAAGCUGAAAGAGAAGAAAGGCAGUGGCUUGUGGCGAGAGAAAUCUGCAGAUUUCAACAGCGGGAUUUUCAAAAGUUGGAAAGCAAAUUAGCAGAAAAACGAAUGAAGCAAGAGAAGGAGGAUGAGCGAGAGAAGAGGUUGGCCAAGCUUAAAGAGAAGAUUGAUGCUCAGAUACAACGAGAUCCAUCAAGACUACUAAAACCCACCAAAGGUUGGGAGGAACACACAAAAGAGAUGGGACAGAAUGGUGGUGGUCCUAUGCUGUUUCUUCCCCAUCGUGAGAGAGACCCGGAGCGGGACGCAUGCGCGCGGGAGUUGUUGGUUUCUGAUUGGCUGCAGUGGGCCGGAGGCGGAGCAUGUUCGGCUUGCGGAGAGUCGGGGGGCGGGGCGUGUCCAUGGCGAUCCAACAUGGCCGAGGAGACGGCGCCUUGUGAGCAUCUGGAGUUCCUGAAGGAUCGGCAUAUCUGCUUCUUCGAGCGAUGUCUAAAGAUCUUACCCGAGAGGUACUGCUCACUGGAGACCAGCAGGUUGACCAUUGCUUUCUUCGCAUUGUCUGGCCUGGAUAUGCUGAGUGCCUUGCAUAUGGUGGAUAAAACCAGCAUCAUUGAAUGGAUUUAUUCUCUCCAGGUCCUUCCCACUGAAGAUAGUGAACCAGGUGAGCUUUGUCCCAGAAUGUUGAAGGAGUUAGCAAAAGAGACACUGGAUGCGUUGUUAGUUAAAAUUGAUAAUUCCUUGGAUUCUGAAAAGGCUCGUGCUGACUGUAAGCUUGCUAUGUGCUGUAUUAAUUAUUUAGGUGGAUCCACAUUUUGUGCCAUUGCCUCACUCUGUCUAAUGGGAAAACUGAAAGAGGUCUUUUCUGAGAAGGAACUAAAUAGAAUAAGACGAUGGUGUAUAAUGAGGCAGCAAAAUGGUUUCCAUGGCCGACCCAAUAAACCUGUAGAUACCUGCUACUCAUUUUGGGUUGGCGCAACCCUAAAGCUUUUGCAGAUUUUCCAGUAUACUAAUUUUGAGAAAAACAGGAAUUACAUUUUGUCAACCCAAGAUCAUAUUGUUGGAGGAUUUGCAAAGUGGCCAGAUAGUCACCCAGAUGCUUUGCAUGCAUACUUUGGAGUCUGUGGUCUUUCUUUAAUUGGAGAAUCUGGUGUUUGCAAAGUGCAUCCUGCACUGAAUAUGAGCAUAAGGGCUUUUCAACAUCUUCAGCACCUGCAUCAGACAGCGGAGACUCAGGGACAGGACCAGCAAUCAGAAUCAAUGCCUGACUACACAUGACAAAAGUGGUUGCAGAAUUAAAACUGAAACUAGGUCAAAUAUUCUCGCCCAAGGAACAAGCCAUGUCAUUAGGAAGAGGUCUUGCUUGAAUGCUGAGACUCCAUAUUAAAAAGACAGCUGUAAAGAAUGUUUGUUUUAAAAAUUAUCAUUGGUCAGUUAAUGGACCAAUUGCUGUUUGCUCUGAAUUCUGAUAAUGCAUUGAAUGUGUGCUUUGAGUGGAUGGAAGUUUGUCUAUAUUCUGUAGGAAAUCAUUUAUACUAAUUUUCUAAACCGUUUUGAGCAUUUAAUAAAUAAAAACACCUCCA